AUGCCUAGGCCAGGUCCGAGGCCUUAUGAGUGUGGUCGAAGAGCUUGGCACAGCGAUAGACACCAACCCAUGAGAGGUUCGAUCAUUCAACAAAUUUUCAGGGUCGUCCGUGAGAGGCACAGUACUGCAACUAAAAACAACGAAGAAUGGCAAGAGAAACUCCCUAUUGUUGUCUUGAAAGCUGAGGAAAUCAUGUACUCCAAAGCCAAUUCAGAGGCUGACUACAUGGAUCUUGUAACACUAUGGGACCGGGUUAAUGACGCCAUUAAUACAAUCAUUCGGAUAGAUGAGAGUAUGGAAACUGGAGGGCUUCUGCCACCGUGUGUUGAAGCUGCCCUCAAUCUGGGUUGUGUUCCAAUUAGAGCAUCCCGAAGCCAACAGCAGAGUAAUCCCAGAACUUAUCUCAACCCAAGAACUCAAGAACCUGGUUGUGUACCUCCUAGAACUUGGGAUAACGAAAUGAAUGAGCAAAACCAUACUAUUGGCAAUCAACAAACCCUUUCAAGACGCGUGUCAGAAUCCAACCUAAAUGUAAUGCCAGAUAAAUAUAAUCGAACUGUUUCCCAUAAUUUUCCUUCGUCAGCUGAGCUUUUUUCUCACCCUGCCCCUAAUCUGUUUGUCCCACCUGAAACCCUCACCUCCCUGAAUGUGGGUUCAGUUUACCCCUUGUAUUAUGGUCCUCACUUUCAACCUGAAGUCCCCUGGAUGGGCUCCCAGAUUGCAGAAAAUUUACACCCCAUAAUUGUCGGCACACCAGUUUUUCCAUCCACUGCAAAGCCUGCUGAAAUGGGUUGCUUGCGGAACCUGUUCUCUUAUGAUGGGGAUGCAGAUGCUGCAAACAGAGCAACUCAAGUAGAUAUCAGAGACAACCAUGAAAAGCCAACUGAGAUGGGGUGUGAUUUGUCAUUGCGGUUGGGAACAUCUUUAGAAUCAUGCAUGAGUAGGGGAAAAGGUUUGGGUCAUGAAAUUGAUGGUGGUGGUCCAAGCAGUUCUCAAGAGGAGGGAAAGGUUGGCAAUUUAUCUCCUCGUCAAAACAAGGGGUUUUCAUUCUUUCCGGUGGACACUACUAAUGAUCCCUUUCAGAUCAAUAGACGUAAGUUAAAUUUUGACGUUGAAGGUCAGACUGUAGAAGCAGCUGUUAGGAAGCGUAAGGUGCCCUUUGAAGCCAAUGUGGAGGAUAGGCAAUUUUCUGGCAAUUGAAGCCCACUUCCAACCAAUUUUCUGGUCGAUGAAAAAGGUCAAGUAGUUUGUAGAUCAUCGCCUUUCUUUGUACAAAAUAUUUUGAGAC